AUGAAUACAUAUAUAUCAUAUUUUAUUAUGACUAUUUCUUUUAACAUCCCCGCAAUGAAUACGCUCAGUUCCUCUAUAAACAAUACGAUAUCAAACUUGGAUGGUCUCGCGGAGCAUGCUAUAGUUACUAACAGUGAAACUUUUCCAUACAUGGUGGCGAUAUUGAAAAAAUCAGUUUAUAUAAGUGCUGGAGCUUUGAUUGACCAGAGCUGGGUCCUAACGGGCGCUGAUUCCUUGUUUAUGAUUAGAGAAACUACAAGGUUAAUACGAGUUCGUCUUGGCAGCGUUAAUUAUAAGGAAGGGGGUUAUCUAACUGGUAUUAAGUUCUUUGAAAUACAUCCUUAUUUCGAUGAUAGUAAGCCACUUUUUGACGUGGCGCUUAUAAAACUACCCCAUCCAGUGAGAAUGACCCCUAGUUUGAAUCCAAUAAGACUCCAAAAAAGGUAUCGUGAUGUGAUUCCACCUCAUUUCACGGUAACCGCAUGGCCGAGACGGGGCAGAAAUACCUCAGGUCAUUGGGAAUCUCUAGAGGAUAUCAAACGACGAAGAUUGUUAUCUGUAACUCAUUUGCAUCCUUUGGACCCUGAGCAAUGUUCAGAUGACCUCGAUACUUGGGUGCCAGAUUUUAAUAAUAAGAAAUUGAUCAUGUGUCUUGAGCCACCUAUUAAUGGUGACCCUUGUGAGAGAGAUAUAGGUGCUCCGGUUGUUCUCAAUGGGAUUCUAUGGGGCGUGAUAUCGUCUUGGAAGUCUGAAGAUUGUGAUGUUGAUGGUGAUUCCAUAUUUAUGUCUCUAGUUUCAGCUGUAGAGAUCAGCUCCUGGAUUCAUUCCACUAUUCAUUCACAUAGAUGGACGAAGAAACACACUAUAGAUUACGAUGAUAACUUCAUUUGA